AUGUCUUCACAAACUUUGGAUAUGUUUGUUUUGGAUAUGGUGAAGAAAGUGGAAAAAGUUGUAAUGCUGUUACGAACAAUUGAGGAGUUCAACAAGUGGAUCAGAUUUAUCAAAAUAAGUAUAAAUUUAGUUAAGAAAGCAAUUCAAAAUAAGUCUCACCAUAUUAAACAUCGAGAGGACUGUAUAUCCUGGUUUGUUAAAGAAUUAGGGUUAAUCAGUAAAAAACUGGAUGAUAUCUAUUCAAACGUUGUUCCAAUGACACCUUUGACAAAUCUAGAAGAAAAUCAAUUUUUAAAUGCAGAAUUAUGUUAUAUUUGCACACAACCCUUUUCAGAUGAUGAUAUUAAAUGCAAAGAUCAUUGCCACAGGACUGGAACCUAUAGGGGUCCUUCACAUCAAUGUUGCAAUUUACAGUUACGUGAAACUUUUAUGAUACCUAUAGUAUUUCAUAAUUUGGGAUAUGAUAGUCACUUCCUAAUUAAACAUUUAAAUACGGACAUUGAAGGAAAUUUUCAAAUAUUACCUCUAAAUAAAGAAAGAUAUAUUUCCUUUACAAAAUUUGUACAAGGUACUAAAUGCAGUUUACGAUUUAUCGAUUCCUAUAGAUUUAUGUCUGAAAGUAUCGAUAAGCUUGCCUCCUAUUUGACUACUUCUCAAAACAAAAUUUUAAAAUCGUUUUUCCCAAAUGAAAUCCAAUUUAAUUUGUUGACACGAAAAGGUGUUUUUUCUUAUGAGUAUUUAGAUUCUUGGGAGAAACUUAAAGAUGAAAAUUUACCUCCUAAAAAUGCUUUUUAUAGCACUCUUACUAAAACACAUAUUAGUGAUGAUGAUUACAAUCAUGCAUGCAACAUAUGGACAGAAUUUCAUAAUAAUACGUUAAAAGAUUUUUCGGAAAUUUAUCUAACUACAGACGUAUUAUUAUUAGGUGAUAUUGUUGAAAAUUUUCGGGAAACUUCUUUAAAAACAUAUGGCUUAGAUCCUCUUCACUAUUACACAGCUCCAGGAUUAUCAUUUGAUGCAUGUCUUAAGAUUACUGGAGUAGAAAUUGAGUUAUUAGAUGACAUAGAUAAAGUAAUGUUUAUCGAACGAGGUCUACGAGGAGGAAUUUCACAAGUAUCCAAUAGAUAUGGCAAAGCAAAUAACAAAUAUAUGAGUAAAGACUAUAAUGAACAAGAUCGUGAUUCCUACUUAAUAUAUUGGGAUUUUGUAAAUUUAUAUGGUACAAUAAUGUGUUUUUCUCUACCUUAUGGAGGUUUUGAAUGGAUAGAUCCUAAUGUGAUGUCAGAUAUUACAACCGUUGAUAAAAACUCUGAUAUCGGAUAUAUAUUAGAAUGUGACAUUAUUUAUUCAAAAGAACUAUUUAAUAUACACAAAGAUUUACCCUUAUGUCCUGAACAUCUAAUACCACCAAAAUCAAAAUCCAAAGUAACAAAAUUAUUAACAACUUUAUUUGAUAAAAAACACUAUAUAAUUCAUUACAGAGCUCUUCAACAAGCAGUAACACUAGGUUUAAAACUUGAUAAAAUUUACAGAGUCUUAAAAUUCAAUCAGGCACCUUGGGUGAAGAAAUAUGUUGAUCUAAAUACAGAACUUAGGAAAAAAAGUAAAAAUGAAUUUGAAUCAAAUAAUUACAAAAUGAUGACAAAUUCCUUCUUCGAUUUAUCUAAAGUUUGGUUGUACGACUUCCAUUAUAACUAUACUAAAAACAAAUUUGGAGAUAACGCAAAACUCCUUUAUUGUGACACUGACUCUUUAAUUUAUCAUAUUUUCGACGAAAAUGUAUAUGAGCAUAUGAGGGCUGAUAUAAAUAAGUUUGACACAUCAAAUUUUUCAGUAAAUAAUGCCUAUAACAUGCCACUAUGUAAUAAAAAAGUUUUAGGAUUAAUGAAAGAUGAAAAUGGUGGUCGAAUUAUGACUGAGUUUGUAGGUUUACGAUCAAAAAUGUAUGCAUUAAAAGUAUUAAAUGAAAAAGAAGAAUAUAGUAUUAAAAAAGCUAAAGGCAUAAAAAAAAGUGAAUUAAAAUCUAUAACCUUUAAAGAUUAUUCUGAUUGUCUAUUUCAUCACACAGUUACGAACGCUACCCAAAAUCUUAUCAUUUCUAAAAAACAUGAGGUUUACACAAUUCAACAAAAUAAAGUUGCCUUAAGACCUACUGAUGAUAAAAGAAUAGUCAAUUAUUUUGAAACUGAUACUCUCCCUUGGGGGUGGGAAGAAGAAGAAUGA